AUGGAGGGGCUGGCGCUGGCCAUCUGGGUGUCCCUGGUGUCUGCAGGGCUGGCGGGCUCCGGGAAGGCACCCGGAAACGGGCGCCCGGGGGCCUGGGCUGGCAGGUCCAGCGCGCCCUCCGCCCCGGGCCAGACAGCCCUCCCGGGCUGGGAACCUGAGCUGCUUCCAGUGCUUCAAAGCCCAGAGCAGGAGCAAGUGCCACCCCACCAAGUGCCAGGAGACCAGCACGUCUGCAUCUCCAGCGAGGUGGCCAUCUUCUCCCAGUCGAGGAGCAGGGUGGUGCUGAGCAAGCGCUGCGCCCCGCGGUGCCCCCACGCCAGCGGCGCGUACGACUGGUCGCCGGUGCUGGGCGUGCAGGGCAGGAUCGUCAGGCGGUGCUGCUCCCGGCCCCUCUGCAACGCGGCGCCCGCGGCCCCGCCAGCCCCGCUCCUGCUGCUGCCCGCGGCGCUGGGCCUCCAGGGGGCCCUGCGGUGA